ACAGGGACAGUCCCCCUGGAUCAACUCAGGGUUAAGAGCCUCACUCAGGGGCACAAUGGUGGCAGCCCCUGCACCAUUGAGAUGGUCUGAGCUUUGGACUUUAUCUCUGGUGAGCAGUUGCAGGAAGAGAGGGUCACUUCCUGAAAAGAGACUGUGGGCUGAAUGGGAUAACACUCAGAGUUGAAUAUAGAGAGAAUAUUUUUAAGCAGGGUCAGCUUAGCAUAUAUCAGUUAAUUUUUUCUCUCACGCAGAGAGAGAGCAGUGAAGCUUGUAUUGUUCUUAGUUCCUAAUUAUACAAAAUCUAUAUCCAAUCAGAAUGAAUUAUUUGUUUCACUAGACAUCGAAAUACCUCUGGCUCCAUUGACUUUAAGUCAUAGUACAUAAAGUUGAUGGUUUAAAUCUCACAGUAAACACCUUGUACAAUAUAUUUCCUAUUUCAAAAUUAUAUAUGAACGGGCAACGAUAGACAUAAAGUCCUAAUGCUGUUCUUCUAACUCAUCGUGCGCUUAGAUGGGGUAACCAGUGAAGAGGAAGUGGAGUAGAAAAAAGGAAAUGGACCUUUUUAUUUUUAGAUUUUCUUUUAGUGAGAAGGAUUAUUUGAAGAGGGUGUUAGUGCAUGUUUACCUUUGGUGAAGUCGGCCCAGAUAAUUAAUCUAGAUGUGUCAGUUCCUCUCUAAGAAGGAGACAAUAGCACCAACAGCAUGAAAAAGAAACUAAGGCGAUUCGUAAUCUUUUUGUUAAUCUUACAGCUGAAUGUCCAUGAAACCACUCUGGGGAGUUAAAACUGAACUAAGUUAGUAUUUAGGGACUAGAAGUGUUUAGGUGUCAGUCUUUGAAGAAUGUGUGCUUAAGUGAUUAGAUUACAAUUAAACAGAAGUUAUGCUUUAUUGCAAUCAAGUGACAUCAAGUGAGCCCAUAUAACACAGAAAGUGUUACAACGCUUCUUACACAAGUGUUCCUCUAAGUAGCUGCUUGAUCACUGAGCUGUCACCAUAUGAUUUCUGCAUUUUGCUUUCGACAUCCCCCUCAGUUUCAGUGGUAAGAACAGUAAUUAGGUCCGAAUACCAAAUGAAUGUGUAUGAGCGCAGAGAACACAUCACACUUUUAUUAGUUUCCAUGGGAGAAACACGAUGGACUGGAUAAUUACUACAACAAUUUUCUUGUCAGUGUUAAAUGGAGCGCUUUGUUUCAAUAUCGAUCCCGUGGCUUGGAAGUCCCUGACGUACCCUGCUGCAGGUUUUGGAUACCAGGUGGUGCAGAGACCAUCAGACCUGCUGGUCAGUGCUCCUCUUGCACAGUAUUCACCGGGAAGAAGGGGGCAAAUAUAUAAGUGCUCCACUGAAUCCUGCAGCCCACUACCAGUUCGACUGCCAGAAUUUGCAGUCAACAUGUCUCUCGGUUUAACAAUGACGAGUGAUCCAUCCACACUAAACACUUUGGUUUGUGGUCCAACCAUCCCAAAAGACUGCAAAAGUAUCACCAUGUACAGCGGCAUGUGCUUGCAGAUAGACAGAUCUGAUCGCGUUACAGGUCCUUUCCCUUCUACUGAUAAAGAGUGCCGAUCAGCAGACAUUGCAUUUCUGUUGGACGGUUCAGGCAGCGUAAACCGUAAUGACUUUCAAACAAUGAAGACUUUUGUGAAAGAUCUGGUCGCCUCACUCCUGCCAGUAGAUCCAAAGUUUGCUAUUGCCCAGUUUUCCGAUCAACCCAAAGUCCAUUAUUUCUUUGAUGAUUUCUUCUCUGGAACUCGACCAUGGGACAUUAAAGUUAAUAACAUUCAACAAACAGGAGGAAGGACUUUCACAGCUAGAGCCAUCAAUUAUGUGGUGAACACUAUUUUUACACCAACAAGAGGUUCCAGGUCAGAUGUGAAGAAGGUCCUGAUUGUCAUUACCGAUGGAGUGUCACACGACUCGACGCAGCUCGCAUCUGCAGCAGCCUUAGCUGACAAAUACAACAUUGUUCGAUUUGCUAUUGGAGUGGGGGACGCAUUUGGCAAUUCUAAGGCAAAAAAAGAACUGGACACCAUCGCAUCUUCACCCAAAGAAAACCAAGUGUUUCAAGUGCAGAACUUUAACGCACUUGAAAAAAUAAGGCAGAGUUUGCAAGCCAAACUCUUCGCUAUUGAAGGAUCGCAAUCAAGUGGAGAGUCAUUGAAAAUGGAAAUGGCUCAAGAGGGAUUCAGUGCAGUUUAUAUGCCUGAGGGAAUUCAGAUGGCCGUUGUUGGUGCCAAUGAGUGGAGGGGAGGCUUCCUGAAAUACCCAAAAGGCCGGCAGACAGCGAUCUAUGAGCCCAAUAUGGACAAAGACGGUUAUCUGGGUUACUCCAUGGCUGUCGCUAGAACGAAACAAGGCACGUUGACAAUUCUUGGCGCGCCAAGAUAUCAACACCGAGGAAUUGUGAGGGUAGUUUCGGAAAACAUGAAUCACAUAGACAUCGACCGCUUGGAAUGGCAGUUUCAGAGUGGUGAAUAUUUUGGGGCCGUUGUUUGUGCGAUGGACGUGGAUGGCGACGGCUUCACUGACCUAGUCCUCAUAUCCGCCCCAAUGUUCAAGGACAACGAGAGAGAGGGAAGAGUUUACGUUUGCAGCGUGUCCGGUUUGAACAUUGCCUGUAACUUAGAUUCUCUGUCAGCACUGAAAGGAGAGGAGUCUGACAAAGGAAGGUUUGGGUCUUCUCUCGCUGUCCUGACUGAUCUCAACACAGAUGGUCUCAGUGAGUUGGCGGUCGGAGCGCCUUUGGAGAACGACGGUCAAGGCAGCGUCUACAUAUACUCCGGCAAAGGAGGAGGAAGAAUCAGUUCUACGCCCUCACAGAGAAUUGCGGGCUCUGAAGUCCAGCGAGGACUGAAGUUCUUCGGCAUGUCGAUCAUGUCGUCUUUUGACCAUAGUAAGGACGGUCUGCCCGAUUUAGCGGUGGGUUCAAAGGGCACAGUUGUCUUACUCAGAUCAAAGCCAAUAGUCAUGGUGAAAGCUACGGUGUCAUUCAGCCCAAACCAAAUCUCCUCUCAAAACGCAGACUGCACAAAACCUUUGGAAACCACAGCUGAAAUCUGCUUAGUCAUGACCUCCCAAUCUCCAGUAGCAAAAGCUCAAGCAACGAUUAAUUAUAUUUUAACGCUUGACGCCACCCGUAAAGUCCCAAACAACCGAGCUUUCAUUGAUGAGAAACGACGAGACUUGGCUGGAGCAGUUACUCUUGGCUUAGGAGAGCGUAAAUGCACCAGCGAGAAAUUUUCAAUUGAGGCGUGUCCAGAAGAUGCUUUCAAUGCACUGUACAAUGAACUCAAUUUUACCUUUGACGGUUUGCCUUCUGCACAAAAUCUCAGUCCGAGCCUCGCACUGCAGGCGCAGACGACAAGCGUUCAUCCUUUAGGGUUCGAGAUCGACUGCGGCUUAGACGAAGUGUGUGUAGAUAACCUGAAAGUGGAUUUCAACUUUACAAGAUCCUCAGAGGUCAAAGUGGGCAUUGAUGAACUGCUGAAUGUCACUGUAUCACUUGAGAACAGUGAGGAAAACUCCUACAACAGCCAUGUCGUUCUCACAUACCCGGUCGGACUCUCCUAUAGGAAGAUUACAAUUCUGCAGGGAAGAAUUGAGUGCAACUCCUUGGACAGUGAAGAUGGCUUAAUGCGAGGAAAGACAGACUGCACAGUUGACAAGCCCAUCUUGAAGAGAAACACUAAGGCCUUCUUCAUCGUCUCCUAUGGGAUCGAAACCAAUAGUCAACUUGGCACGGGGAUUUUUGUCUCUGCAAAUGCUUCCAGUGGGAAUCAGCACUCCCUCUCAAGCGAACUCUACAAAAAGAAAAUGAUCGAUGUGAAGUACAGCCUGUUUGCCACAAUAGAAAGUUCCCUCAGCUACAGCAACUUCUCUUUCGGAAAGAAUAAUUUGCAGAAACCAGUCCAGCAAUCAAUUGUGGUUACAAAUGAUAACAGGGCGCUGAACUUCACUGUGGUGAUCAGGGUGCCAGUGAAGCUCGGGGAGAAAGACAUCUGGGUGGAUUCGAGCAGUUUCCAGAUUCCAGACUGCCAAACACACAACGAUGAAAAACCUAGCGUCACAGAUUUUGUUGCUGCGAUAAAGAAAAAUAAGUUGGUGGACUGCUCAGUCGCCAGGUGCAGAGUGUUCAAGUGCAGUCGGUUCAUGGGAAGACUGGAGAGUAAAAAGUACAAACUCUCUGCCAACCUUAGUUCUGGAUGGAUUGAGCAGAUUGGACUUCAAUCUGCCAAAUUCCUGUUGACCAGCACAGCCACUCUGGAGUACGACACCAACCAGUACAUCUUCUUUUCUCUGGGGUCUAAUAACAACGCUCCUGUUCGCAAGAUUGAGGCAGAGGUAGAUGUGUAUGCUGAACCAGACUUCACCAAAGAGAUUGUUGGAGGAUCCCUGGGAGGGUUGGCUCUACUGGCUUUACUCACCGCUGGCCUGUAUAAGGCUGGAUUUUUCAAGAGCAAAUACAAGGAAAUGAUUAAUGAAGAUGCAGCAGAUCCUGGGGUUGAAGGAGGCGAACCCAUAGCAGAAUAACACGUAUACAAAUAGUGGAUGUGCCACAAACGCCGACCUAAGAUCGAAUACAUUUAUAUCAUUUAGCUUGCUGAUUGCAGCUGACUGCAAAACAACAAAACUGUUCCAACCUCUACAUCUGAUGAGUUCAUCUGUACCAUAACUCAGAGUUGUACUAUUUUUUAGAACAUUUUGGCAUUUUCAAGGAAUGUAAAUGAUUUGUUUGGAGGAAAUACCCGCACCACGACUCUGAUGUCACACCCUCGUCCACUCAUUCACUAUAACAGAGUUUUCCAACCAGGAGGUGGGGGACCCAAAUCAGAUGAAUUGAAAGAAUCAAAAGAUGAUUUCCUGCUUAGGAAGUAAUUGUAAGUGAAUAUAUUUAAAAUCACUCAUAGAGUGACAUGCACCCGGUGACGAAGGAUCGCAAGUCGACAUCUGUUUGUAUUAAAGGGUCACAAAAGGUUUGGAACCGCCGUCCUUUAUAAUAGACACGCACUUACUUAAAUUAAAUGGUGGAGGGUGAAUGUUAUGCACUAUUUAGUAGAUCAAGUGUAAUUUUGGACACAGCCCAUGUAAUGUGACAAGAGGCUUUACAAAACAACCUUUUUUUUAAAUCCAAAGUGUGUCCUGAACAGCUUAUUUGUUGGUCUACAAUGAAACAUUCCUGCUUUUAUAUUUCUGCAAGCUAUACAUGUUAUUUUGUAGAAUUUGUUGUGAAAAAAAAAAACUGUAUGAUUACCUGGAUUCUGGUUUUCAUCACGUACUGUACUGUAAAACUUCUAAAAAUUAAAGCUGCAAUAGUAUUGAGAAUUUAUGAAAGAGACGCUUAUUUUAUGCUUCAUCAAUAUUUAUUAUGCAUGUUAUUAAAAUCACUUUUCAUUUGUCAACAUUAAGAGAGAUUUACCUUCAUACAUAACCCAUCAUCAUAUGUUUAUGUAGAAAGACACCAGAGGUAUAACGGCAUAUAGGAUAAAAAAUAUAAAAGUUGUUGUGAAAAAGCAUUUCCCUGUAUAAUUAUUAUUAUUAAAAAAUCAUACUACCAUAAAAUA